AGAGCCCUCCGUAGAAUGCAAAGUUUCCAAGGAACUAGAAUGCGAUAGAAAACAUAAAAAAAGCUAAGGAAGUAGAAAGAUUUGAUCUCCACACACUCAUAUGAGAUUCUUUUUAGCCUUAAGUGAAAAAAAGUAGUUGUAGUUUUGUUUUCACUCUAAAAAAGACAUCUUCAAUAAAAUAUUCGGGAAGAAGUCUUGGAGAAUGAAGCAGAUACAUUUUUGAAUCAUGGUUAAACUUUCGUUGUAUUCUCUACCUUGUUUUUUAUUUUUUGCAAAAUUGGUUACCCUACUAGUGUUUCUGCUUUCGAGGAUGGAGUGUUUGUAUUUCCUGAGAUCAGGGAUGAAGAUGGGAGGGGAGUGAUUGAUAGAUAUCCUUUUUGGUGAAGUUUAGUUUAUAGUCGUGAAGAAAUUGAGUUUUUUUUUUGGGUAUAAAUUCAACUUUUCAAAGUUGGUGUUUGAGAGAUAAAGAUUGGAUGUGACAGUUAGCACCAUUAGACGCUUAAAACGGGAAGUCAAAAGUCUUUGCGGCUUUCGAAACAAGCCGGUGGAGUUGAUCGGUGGUGCAAAAUUGAGGGGAGAUGGAGAUGGAGAUGGUGAUCGGGAGCAGGGAAGAUUUGAAUUCCAUAUUGCCCUUUCUGCCGCUGCUACUGAGGUCCUCCACUCUAUUCUGGCCCUCCCAAGUAGUGGAAACUCUCAAGUCUAUGGCAGCAGGCCCUGAUCACAGUGGUGUCAAUUCUGGUGAAGCCCUCUUCCGUUCCAUCUCUAACAUCAGGAACUCUCUCUCUCUCUCCAAUCAUCGCCUCGCUUCUUCUUCCCAACGUGGCUACGCCCUUUUCUUCGAUAAGCUUAUGUCCGAAACAGAAUCUAUGCAGUGGUUUCGUGAGGUUAUUCCAGCAUUGGGAAAUCUACUUCUUCAGUUUCCAUCUUUGCUGGAAACUCAUUAUCGAAAUACCGACCAGCUUGCUAGUAAAGGAAGUGGCAAAGCUAAAACUGGUCUUCGUUUGUUAGCUUCUCAAGUUGCAGGCACUGUGUACCUCAGUCAGCUUGGAAAUGUACUUGGGCUCCAAAUGAUCCCGUGGCUUGAGUCCAUAAAGCAACCCGCAAACACAAAAUCUCCCAGAUUUGUAUUUCUUCUCAUCAGGCACAUGACUGGGUCCUUCUCCCCGCCGUUUGAAAAGGAGUUGAUUGGGGCGCUUCUAGCUUGUGCUUUCUUCUGUUUGUUUCCAGUCAAUGAUAGACAUGUCCAAAAUCUUCCGACAAUUAACUUUGACUAUUUAUUUGCGAUUCUCUAUGAUGGACGUAGUAAGAUGCAGGAGAAUAAGAUACGAUGUAUUGUACAUUAUUUCAGAAGGAUAUGUUCCAAUAUUCCGGUUGGCUUUGUCUCAUUUGAAAGGAAAGUACUUCCUUUGAACAAUUGCGCAGGAUCUUUUUGUUGUCCAAAGGCCAAUUUUUGGAUCAACUCCACCAUUCCUCUCUGUCAAUUCAAGGUUAAAGAUUCUGGCCUAAUAGAAGAUCAAACGUUUGGAGCCCUUGAAGUUGAUUUUGCUAAUGAGUAUCUUGGUGGUGGUGCUCUUCAUUCUGGCUGUGUACAGGAAGAGAUUCGCUUCAUGAUCAACCCUGAAUUAAUUACUGGCAUGCUUUUCUUGCCAGCCAUGGCGGAUAAUGAGGCAAUAGAAAUUGUUGGGGCAGAGAGGUUCUCAAAUUAUACCGGGUAUGCUUUCAACUUUUGCUUUGCUGGAAAUCAUGAGGACAAACGAGAAAUGGAUUCCCUUGGAAGACAUAAGACCUUUAUCGCAGCUAUUGAUGCAUUGUGCAGUCCAGGGAUGAGACAAUACAGAUUAGAAUUCCUUCUUCGGGAAGUCAACAAGGCAUUCUGUGGUUUCUUUAAUCAAUCAAAGUAUAAUCAGUAUGAAAGUCUAUUCUUAGAAAGUGGCGAAGAUGUCACGAAUCAUACUGACAAGUCAAGAAACAGUCUCCCGGUACACGAAUCUAUCUCAGAUGCUAGAGAGAAUUUUCUUGGUACAUCUCUCACUCCAGAAAGCUUGGACCACAAAGAUGAUAUUGGGAUUGCAACUGGCAAUUGGGGUUGUGGUGCCUUUGGAGGAGAUCCUGAAGUGAAGUCCAUAAUACAAUGGCUUGCUGCUUCUCAGGCAUUAAGACCUUCCGUUAUGUAUUACACAUUUGGCACCGGACCACUGCAUCAUCUAGAAAAGGUGAGUGAAUGGAUUUUGGCACACAAAUGGACAGUAGGAGAUCUAUGGAGUAUGUUGGUGGAGUAUUGUUCUCAAAUAUCAAAUCGACAAACUCAUGUUGGUUUCUUUGAUUGGCUUCUCCCAGCCUCCUCCAAAACUAACUUGAAAUGUUAGUAAUUUUAUCCGACUAUUUGUCAUUCAAGAACUACGUUGGUAUUCAUACUUCAAGAAUAAGAAAUAUACGUUGAUGUUAGUUUUGUCAAUAUGCAAUAGUAAGUGUUUUAUGAGUUAUGAGUCUAGUUAAAGGGGACUAAUAAUGUGUAUGUUGAAGAGAUAGUGCCAAAUAUAUACUUGCACACACCGUGUGAAAAAUAGAAUAGUUGGUUUUGGUUUCAAACCAUAUAAUUGAAAUGAUAGUAAAUGUUUUCAUGAAUGUAAUUUAAUAUCUAAUGCCAACACUUUUUUUGGAAGGCCUUGGUGGCAGUACAUGAUCGAUUUUGAAGAAA